UUUUAUAUUUGACAUCCUUAAAGAUGGUUGAGAAAAAGGCUGUACAGAAGCCCGCUGGGGAUGCACCAAAAAAGGUGCACAAACCAGGAAAACCUAGAAAUUAUGAUUUGGGAAACGGAGUACUUAGAUUUUCUAGAUCUAAAAUGUUCCACAAAAAAGCAUUGUACAAAUUUGUUGGCACGAAGGUAGAAGCUACCAAGCAACCUCAAAAGCCCCAGGUUAUUGAAAAACCAAUUGGUGGAGAGAAAAAUGGAGGAAAGAGAUUUGUUUUGGUCAAGAAACGUAGGGCAUACUAUCCAACCCAAGACAAAAUUAAGGCCAGGCCAGCUAGGAGAACAUUUAGCCAACACACGAGGUCUAUUAGAAAUACAAUCACUCCAGGAACAGUUCUCAUCCUUUUAGCUGGUUCUCACAAAGGAAAGAGGGUUGUAUUCCUUAAACAACUGUACUCUGGUCUACUUUUGGCAACUGGACCUUUUGGAAUCAAUGCUUGCCCAUUGAGGCGCAUUAGCCAACGAUAUGUAAUUGCUACAUCUACCAAAAUUGACGUUAGUGGAGUACAGCUGCCAGAAAACCUUAAUGAUGAAUAUUUUGCAAGAAAGAGGCAGAAGAGAUCCAAGAAAGAAGAAGGUGAUAUUUUCCAAUCCAAAAAAGAAGGUUACAAAGUAAGCGAAGAUAGGAAAGCUGACCAAAAGAAAGUAGAUACACAAGUUCUGGCUGCAAUCAAGAAGCACUCCGACCGCAAAGUACUUUUAGCUUAUUUGUCAGCCAUGUGGGGACUCAGAUCAUCACAGUACCCACACAGAUUGAAGUUUUAGAUAAGAGA